CCGACUGAGGCCGGUGCCGCGAGCCUCUCAGCGUUCACGACCUCAACUGCUACCUCGGCGUGAUCAAGGUCGGCUCCAAGGGCGGCCAGGCCACGCCGCUUGCUACGGAGGCCGAGGGCAUGCGUUUCGACUUCAGCGGCGUUCACGACCUCGACCUCGGUGUGAUCAAGGUCGGCUCCAAGGGUGGCCAGGCCACGCCGCUCGCCACGGAGGUCGAGGGCGUGCGUUUCACCUUCAGCGGCGUUCACGACCUCGACCUCGGUGUGAUCAAGGUCGGCUCCAAGGGCGGCCAGGCCACGCCGCUCACCACGGAGUUCGAGGGCGUGCGUUUCAACUUCAGCGGCGUUCACGACCUCGACGACGAGGGCAACGUCUACUUCACCGACUCCAGGUUCUGGUACAUAAACUCAUAUGGAUCAUCAUCCGUCACACUGUUUUCAGCAGGACCCUUUGGAAGCACGCGAUAUGACUCGUAAUGAUGACUUGUGUAGACAUAUUAGUAGAGAUAUUAAUUUAGUAGAGUUAAAUAUGGUCCACUGAAGCUGGAGUUAUAACAUUCUUAUAUAUAGUUGUUGUUACCUUGUGCAUAUUGUUGAAUGACUCCAUCGUCAUCA